AUGUCAAGAGGACGAGUCAGAGGUAUCCCACCACAUCCUAAAGCCAUGUUGAUCUCAGAUCUUGAAUCGACAAAGUAUCCCGAAGGAGGACUGGAAGCAUGGCUUAUAGUGCUCGGAGCAUGGUGCGCCAUGGUCCCCUCGAUGGGCCUGCUCAACAGCCUGGGCACAUUGCACGCAUGGACAAGCAGCUACCAAUUGACCGAUUACUCCGAGUCUGAGAUUGGUUGGAUAUAUGGCGCCUAUGCCUUCUUUCUCUACGUUGCGGGCGCUCAAACCGGGCCUAUCUUUGACUGCUACGGGCCGUUAUAUGUUGUCGUGCCGGGAUCAAUAGGGAUGGUUGCGUCUCUCCUCUGUUUCAGCUUCAGUACUGGUGCGUCCUCUACUUCCGACUUGAAUAUUUGGCAUGAGGCAGUUGCUGAUCCCGUCUCAGAGUACUACCAAAUCUUCCUCUCCUUCAGCGUCCUUGGGGGCCUCUCAGCUUGUACCCUCUUCAACCCGGCCAUCUCAGUGAUCGGACACUGGUUCAAUAUUCGCCGUGGCCUAGCGACCGGCAUCGCCUGCACCGCUGGCGGCCUAGGAGGCGUUGCAUUCCCACUGAUCAUCAUGUACGCGGCCCCGAAGAUCGGGUUCGGGUGGGCGAUCCGCAUCAUCGCCAUAUUGUCGGCAGUCCUCCUAAUGGUCGCCUGCCUUCUGAUGCGCACUCGUCUCCCUCGACCUAGCGGAAAGUCGGCUGCGAUUGACUUCAGGGCCCUCAGGGACGCCAGAUAUGCCAGCACAACCGCCGCCGUCUUCCUGGUCGAAUUCGCCGUCUUCGUCCCGAUUACAUACAUCAGCAGCUAUGCGCUGCAUGCGGGCAUCGAUACCACGCUAUCCUACGCUCUUAUUCCGCUCCUGAAUGCCGGUGCUGUGCCCGGUCGGUUCCUGCCCGGCCUCGUAGCCGACAGACUGGGCCGGUUCAAUGUGAUGAUCGCCACAUCCCUUCUCUGCUCGAUCCUCACCCUCGCGCUCUGGAUCCCUGUCGACGCCAGUCCGGCCGGAGUAAUCUGCUACGCGAUCCUGUUUGGCUUUUCAAGCGGCGCCGCUAUCAGCCUCACUCCCGUGUGCAUAUCGCAGGUCUGCAGGGUCGAAGAGUACGGGCAGCGGAAUGGAACGACCUUUACCAUUGCAAGCGUCGGCACCUUGACGGGUAUCCCGAUCGCAGGUGCCAUCCUCGUCGCUAAUAAUGGACAGUACGACGCGCUCAUUGGCUUUGGCGGAGGGAUGUAUUUCCUCGCGACGGUGGCGUUUGUUGUUGCGAGGGGCAUUUGUGUCGGGUGGAAUUUUAGAACACGGUUUUAG